UAUUUACUAUCCAUUGUUCUCAUUUUUUAUGUAACAGAUUGAAUAAAAAUCGUAUGAACACUAUGAACCAGUAAUAAAAAAUGUAACUACUUUUACAUAAUCUCACUUACGACUUAUUACAAGAAUACAUUGUCUACAAUUUUAAUUUAGUUGUAGAGUAACACGGUAGACGUAGAGUACAAUCAAACAGUAGAGCGCAUACUACAGGAUUGCCUUAUUUUGUAUGUUUUUUUUUUUAGUAGGUUUAUAACAUGUGUUAUUGUGUGCCUAUGUGUGUCAUGUUUCGUCGCUAAAAACCCUGGCGGUCACCCAUCCGGGAGCUAGCGACGCCCGAUGCAGCGUAACCUCAGCACUUUAACGUAACUGAGAUCAGCCACUGCGCCACCUGGCCGCCUACCUACGCCCCUGGCCCUGCGUAUAACUUAGUGGCCACUGGCCGCGAUUUUGUUCGUAGUGUCAAGUCCUGUGCAAUGCCACACCCGCUUUUUUGAUAUCUAUAAAUAGUCAGGGAAAACCACAGAAUAUUCCACGGUAAUAUGGUGUGAUAACACACUAUCACUGACCAAUGAAUUUAUUUUGUCAUUGGCCGAGUAGCGACUAGUGAGUAACCUCGGAGUGUGCCGUGUGGGCAGUGUGGCUUGUCGACAGUAAGUGUUUUUGUCUGCUGCUUGUUGUUUGACAUAAUUUUGUUAAUCUUUUACGCUUUGUCUUUCGUGUAAUAAUAUUAUGUUAUAUUUAAUUUAUAUCAUGAUUCAUGGUUGGUCUUGGUUGUUGUACAAUUAGUGUUGUCCCCGAGGUCCGUUUACCGCUACGAUGCUGAUUCUGUUCAAUUUUUUCUAUAGUUUUAUAGUUCAUAGAUAAUGUUUCUGCACUCAUACAGGUGCAUCAAGUGUCAGCUUUGUAUCGUAUUUUGUCAAUACUCAAUAGUUGGCUGUUCGAUCACUUGAUAUUUUUUUCAUUGUUUAGUAUUGGCAAAUUUGUUUGGAAAUUUGAUUAUUUUUUCGUCUUACAGUUAGGCCACAAUAAAAUAUUUUCGUAUUCAGGUAUUCAGUACGUAGUUGCAUAACAGUCUGGUUUAAAAUCAACUGCAAUAGAUACCAAAGGUUUUAUAUCCAUACAAGAAAUGGAUGACAUGCAAGUUACGAAAUCCAAUGUAUGUAUAACAACAAAUUAUAGAAAUAAAUCACACAUGGUUAAUGUAUUUGGGGUCCUACAAUCAUUACGCAAGGAUGGAGUCUUAUGUGAUAUUAAACUAGAAACCGAUGAUGGUACAAUAGUAAGCGGACAUAAAAUUGUUUUAUUAUCUGCUAGUCAUUAUUUCUGUGCAAUGUUCACUAGUUUUGAUGAAAGCAAUAAAGACGUUGUUAAUAUAAGAGAUUUUGAUUCCACGGCUUUACAAUUGUUAGUUGAUUACAUUUACACUGGUGAAAUUCUAGUUAGUGAUAAAAAUGUACAGGAUUUGUUACCAGCUGCAGACCUUCUACAGUUAGACUAUGUUAAAGGUGCAUGUGCUGCAUUUUUACAAACACAGCUGGAUCCUACUAAUUGUCUCUCUAUCAGAGCAUUUGCAGAUUUACAUAACUGUUUAGAAUUGCUGUCAAGUUGUGAAGCAUACAUUAAAAGACAGUUUCUAUAUAUUGUUAAAAAUGAAGAGUUUCUAUCUUUAUCUUCUCAAGAAAUGAUAAAUCUAAUCUCCAGUAAUGUUCUUAACACCCCAUCUGAAGAGAAAGUAUAUGAAUGUGUUAUUAAUUGGAUUAAACAUAAAUUGUGCGUGAGAUAUGAUGAUUUGCCUAAAUUAAUGGAACAUAUACGUUUGCCACUAUUAUCCAUAGAGUACAUAUCAAUUAAUGUAAUUAAGGAAUCUCUUAUUAAAAAUAAUCCUAAAUGUAAAGAUUUUCUAAUUGAAGCUCUACAUUUCCAUGCACUUAAGACACAACAGAUUAUCAAUAUUCCACAAACUAUUCGAAAUACUCCCAGAAAAUCUGGACAAAAAAUUAUUCUCAUGUUCAAUGAGUUAUCAAAACCCAACUGGUAUGACCCAGCAACUAACUCAAUCCAGGUAUUACCAGAAAUUGAAGUUUUAACCUAUCCGGCUGCUUUUGCCUUAGUUAAAGAACGUUUUGUAUUUGCUAUUAGCCUUAGUAGAAGAGAUAUUAAAAUGCUUGAUUUAUCUCUGCACCCAUUCUGUUGGGUGUCGGUGGUGAGCAUGUCAGUUGAAAGAUUGGGUUCAUCCAGAUAUGGUGUAUUAAAUGAUUGUUUAUAUGCAAUUGGAGGACAUGAAGGCAACGAUAAUUUCGCUUUAUGUAGUGCAGAGUUUUUUGAUAUGAAAAUUCAAAAAUGGCGUAUGAUAACUGAUAUGUCAACUAAAAGAUGUUUUUCAGGUGUUGGAGUACUUAACAAUCUUCUAUAUGUGAUAGGAGGUUGUUCUUCUUUGAUAUCUUUUGCUAUGAAAUCGGUUGAAUGUUAUGAUCCUUGUCUUCACACGUGGACACCAGUUGCUGAAAUGACUAUAUGUCGUGAAUCUCCUGGUGUUGGAGUGUUGCUUGGAGUUCUAUAUGCUGUUGGCGGGGUAAAUAAAUCAGGAGAAUUAAAAAGUAUAGAGGCAUAUACAGCAAGUUCUGGAGUUUGGUCUUCUACUAUUCCUGAUAUGCAUUUUACUCGAUGCAAUCCUGAUGUACUUGCAUUAGAUGGAUUGUUGUACAUUAUGGGAGGACGUCAUAACUGUUCAAAUAACGAAUGUACUUUUGGUUCUACUGUAGAAAUAUACAACCCCCAUACUAAUACUUGGUCUAUGGAAACAUUGACAAAAAGCCUUGGUUGUUAUGGUCGAAAUAGUGGAGUAGUCGUGGAUAAGCUACCAUAUAUUAUAAAUAAUUAGCAGAGCCAAUGCCAUCAUGGAACAUACAAUUUUAUUAACUAGAAUGAUUUUUAAUCUACUUGAAGUCUAUACAUAAUAUAUUUGUAUCAUAAUAAGUAGUAUCUAAUACUAUAACACAACAAUACAAUUAAUAUAAAUUUAGGUACCAUUUUAAAAUAUAUUUUUCUACUUUUUGAACAAA